GCCACGGUCCGAUGGGAUAUGCAGAGAUCCCAGCUGAUUUUGGCCAGCCUGGCCGAGCUGGAGGGGCAGUGCUGGGGGCUGCAGUGAGGGUGGUCCUUUACUGCGAGGGUGGAGGGACCCCAUGGGCAGCAUUGGCUGUGGCUGCCCCGGGCUGGGGAUACAGGCAAAGCCCUUUUGGGGAGGGCAUCAGGCACUGGGCUGGGGGUGCUGAGCUGCAUCCCACAGCAGCGCCGAGAGGAUCCUCCCAUGGGAACCGAAGCUCGGGUGCAGCCGUGGCCCGGCCCCGCGUCCCGGGGGCAGCAUCGCCCUGCAGGGGAGCCCGAUGGCUCCCCGAAAGAGAGCAUCACGUGCUUCAACUUUGGCAUCAGGCAGGAGGAGGAUGGAUUUGUCAGCUCAGCCACCCCCUUCCAGCUCUUCCCAGAAAGGCAACGGCUUGAAGAAGUGGCAGGUCCUAAUUAUAACAUCGCGAACCCGCGCCCGCCGCCCUCCCCGGCUCCGCGCCCGCCGCGGGCACCGGCUCUUCCUCCCGGCUCCUCAUGGAGGGCUUUGCUCUGCAGUUCCCCGGACGGCCCCGCUCAAAGCCUGGCUCAGGACGGGGGGCUCUGCUGCAGCUGGGGGUGCGGGCAGGGGCUGGCACUGCCAGGCCGUGGUCUUGGGGUGCGGGUGCGUGAUGGGGAGCGGGAACGCUGUGUGGUGACACGGGCACUGCCGGGCACCGGCAGUCAGGCCGCGCUCCCGCUCCAAGCCAGCGCCAUCCCAAACUGCAGACGAUGAUAAAAAAUUAAUUGCGGGAUUUUGCUGCACGUGGCAGGAGUGGGGAUGAGCAGCAUCUUCCCUCCCUCCAGCCUCUCCUGCUGGAGCUCUCUGCUGCCGGCGGAGACCCUGUGCUGCCCCGCAAGGUGAGCUGUGUUAUCUCUGCUCGUUCCAUGGCCGUGUCCCGCUCUCGCCUUCCCCCGCCGCGCCAUCCCAUCCUUCAGAGUGAGGGAUUAGCCCUGACCUGCUUGGCGGGAGGGAGGCGGAAGGAGAGGGCUCACUGCAGCUAAGGAUAUAUAUGGUGUGAUAAAUAUUCCCUGGGUCUCAUCCGCGCCCCAUGGGACCACUUUUGUUUGGACUUCAGCACCCUUCAGGGGAUGCUCCAGGGCAGUGAGGUGGGUGGUCAUACCCAGCUUUCCCCCCCAUGGGGCUCUGAGCUGGGCACUGACAGGACCUGGUUGCAGAAAGGCAACCUUGGCAAUGGGCUUGGGCUCGUGCGAGUGUCAUGGUGUCUGUUUGUGCAUCGAUCGAGAGGUUGCUGGGGCAGGGACUGCGUUUUGGAGCUCCUUGGGUGGGUUUGGGUGGUACAACCUGGGGUCUCUGCUCGCCACUGCCUGCUGAGCCGUGGCCUUGCUUCUCUGAGCGAACGCUGGGGUGCUGGACCUGAAUACUUAAGGUUUUGCCUGUUGAGAGAGAACUUAACUGCCAUCCCCUCCCUCCCUCUGUGUCUCAAUUGCACUGUACUUCAUGGAGCUUUUGCAAUUAAAAAGAGCAGGAGCCAAACUAAGUUCCCUGUAACCGCCUGCAAACAGGAAGAGCGAGUGUGUGCUAAUUGGGAUAUUGUGCUGCCUGCUGGCUGGCCCUGCUUGCUGGGGAAGUGCAGGUGGGGAGAGAAAUGGCCUGAUUUUUGAAAAAGAUGCUGUUGAGCUGGUGGAAGCCAGUGUGGCUUAAGCUGGCACAGCCCUCCCAGUGGUGGGGCCGGGCUGGGGUCUCUGUGGUGUUGUGCUGGUGGCACUGGGCUCCUCAGCAGCUGGGGAUGGGGACGUGCAGGCGAGUGCUGGGCACAGCCUCUUGGCUGCUCAUUCCUGCAUCUCCUGGGCCGUGUCACUGGCUCAGCUUCUGCCUGGUUUAACAACCCCAGAAUGUCCUGGCUCUGAACUGGGAGGUGACGGGUCCUGCUGCAGGCAGAGCUCUGCGGUCCUUGGGUGCGGGGUCUGUGUCCCACUGCAGCCCAGCUGGAGCAGCACUUGCAGGGACGUGCAGGAGGAGCUGUGGGAAGGAGCAGCACAGGUGAUGCCUGAGAUGGCUGGUACUUCUUUUGGGCACUGGAUGUAGUUUUGCAGUAGGAGCUCUCCAUGGUGUGGGGGAAUUUUUAAAGUGUUUGAUUUCAUAGAAGCACAGAAUGAUUUGGGUUGGAAAGGACCUUAAAAUUCAUCCAGUUCCAGCCCCCAUGGGCAGGGACAUUUUCCACUAGACCAAGUUGCCCCAACGGGGGCUCCCUUGCCCAGCUGAGUCCUCCCCUGCCCUUUCCAGGGACCCCUGUGUCUGGCGAUGCCGGUGGCCCAGUGGCUUGGCCACCACUAGAGGGGGACAGGAUGCCACCGUGCUGACCAGCCCUAUGUCCCGGGGUGCCAGGACCCGCAGGGCUCUGCCCAUGCCCCCCAUCUCUGCCUGUCCCAGGGUGGCAACAUCCCCAGCACCCGGCACCUGCCUCUCUGCCCUGGUGCUCCUCAGCCCACCCCGGCUUGGACGGGUGAUGACGCAGCCCUGGAGGCUGGAGGUCCUCUCAGUUUGGUCUGAGAAGUCCUUGCACUGCGUUCCAGACCCGGACCAGGCUGUGGUGUGGCUGGGAUAAGGGCGAUGGGAAGGCUCCUUCCUCACCGAUGUGUGGUGGAAGCAGGAGGAAGCAGCACUGCUCCUUCCUUUGGGGCUGGGGGAAGCACCACACCGGGCCAUUCCCACCCGUUAUUCCCGCCCUUGGGGUGCCCCUGUGGAGCUGUGCAGGUGGGGCAGAAGGGCAGCUCUGGCCCCUCACUGCCUGGAGCACAUGGGUAAGGCUGUUCCCUGCUCCACGAGCACCUGCUGUAGGCAGGUGUCUUCUUCCAGAUGUGCAUCUUCCUCCAGAUGUGCAGCACCAGCCUCCUGGUGGAGGGCCUGCUUUGGGGAGGCUCAGGCACGAUGGGAGCAAGAUCUGGGCUGUGCAGGAGCAGUGGCUCGUGUGUGGCUGUGGGGAUGGGGGAGGCAGGUGGAGAGGACAGGGAUGCUCAUCUGCCCCCCCUUCCCGGGCCGUUUGCAGCCCGGGCUCAUCGGGUGAUUCACACUCCAUCUCCCCUAAUGAUUCCGUGAGGGAUCUGAACCAGCUCCCUCCUCCCCUCCCCAUUAUUGGCGCUUUCUUCUUGCCUGCCGUGAUAUUUUUACCUUCAGUUCGUUCAGAUUAUGUGAUCAAAGGAGCCACAAAGGGGAGAGAACAGAGAGGAAAAAGCUUGAAAGAAGAAAGGGAGAAGCAGUGGGCUCUGGGGGCACUGCCAGCUCCGUGGGAGCUGCCAUGGGCUAUGAGGGUUUUCCUGGGAAUGGGUCUGUGUUGUGACCAACCCAGCUUUGAUGGGCAGAAAUGUCGCAGCUCCAGGGAUGAGGGUGGGAGCAGUGACCGCUCUCGGCUGGUGCAGGGCUGCUGGGGGGGACAGGACUGUGCUGUCUGAGCAUCCCUUGGUGCCUCCUUGGCACGGGCAAAGCAUGACCCGCUUCCAGGCCGUGCCAGGAGCCACGUUCCCCUGCUCCGUGCCCGCCGGAGGUGCAUGGGGUGGUUCUUGCAGAGGGGACAGGACUGUGCAGAGGGCUGAUCCCUGUCCCUGAUCCCCACCUGAACAAGGGCUGUGCUCCCAGGGGCUCUCCCAGCAGGCUGGGGCGGGCGAUGUGCUGCAGCAUUCCAACUUCCUGCCUUUGGAAGCACCGGGUAAUUCUGGUUCCUUAAAAGCCCUGGCUGUCAGAAUCGCUUUGGAGAUGGGCCUUCAAGCGGCUGCGGCGGGCAGGGACGUGCAUAAUUUAUGGAGGUCUCCAGAGGAAGGACGCGAAGCUUCGCGUGGGCUCGUGUCUCUGCUGCCGUCUGUCCACCCUGGUGUAGCCAUGCAGAGCCCGGCACCCUCCAGCAGCCCGGCCGCCCACCGUUGCCCCGGGGCCGGCGGCACCGGCGGGAGCCGCUGACGGUGCUGGAGCGGGAUCCCCCCGGAGCGAUGGCACCCGCCAGCCCGGCCCCCUGAGCGCCGCCGCCUUCCCGGCCCGAGCUCUGCCCCAGCACGGCCUUGGCGAUGAGCGGGGGUCACUUCUGCAUGGAGCGUCUCUCCUUCUGCCUCCUCCUGAGUGCCUGGAGCUGGGGGUGGGCGCCCGGGGGUGCCGCCAAGCCCAAGGGCCAGGGCUACCCGCACAUGAACUCCAUCCGCAUCGACGGGGACAUCACGCUCGGGGGGCUCUUCCCCGUGCACGGCCGGGGCGCCGAGGGCAAGGCCUGCGGGGAGCUCAAGAAGGAAAAGGGCAUCCACCGCCUGGAGGCCAUGCUUUUCGCCCUGGACCGCAUCAACAACGACCCCGACCUGCUCCCCAACAUCACCCUGGGCGCGCGCAUCCUGGACACCUGCUCGCGGGACACGCACGCCCUGGAGCAGUCGCUGACCUUCGUGCAAGCCCUCAUCGAGAAGGACAGCACCGAGGUGCGCUGCGUCAGCGGGGGCCCCCCCAUCAUCACCAAACCCGAGCGGGUGGUCGGCGUCAUCGGCGCCUCGGGCAGCUCCGUCUCCAUCAUGGUGGCCAACAUCCUGCGGCUCUUCAAGAUCCCCCAGAUCAGCUACGCCUCCACCGCGCCCGACCUGAGCGACAACAGCCGCUACGACUUCUUCUCCCGCGUCGUCCCGUCGGACACGUACCAGGCCCAGGCCAUGGUGGACAUUGUCAAAGCCCUCAAGUGGAAUUACGUCUCCACCUUGGCCUCUGAGGGCAGCUACGGGGAGAGCGGCGUGGAGGCCUUCAUCCAGAAAUCCAGGGAGGAUGGCGGGGUCUGCGUGGCCCAGUCCGUCAAGAUCCCGAGGGAGCCCAAGCCAGGAGAGUUUGACAAGAUCAUCCGGCGCCUCCUGGAGACCUCCCAUGCCCGGGCCGUCAUCAUCUUUGCCAACGAGGACGAUAUCAGAAGGGUGCUGGAGGCGGCCAAGAGGGCGAACCAGACGGGGCACUUCAUCUGGAUGGGCUCGGACAGCUGGGGCUCCAAAAUCGCCCCGGUGCUGCACCUGGAGGAGGUGGCCGAGGGCUCCGUCACCAUCCUGCCCAAGCGGGUCUCCGUCAGAGGUUUCGACCGCUACUUCUCCAGCAGGACACUGGACAACAACCGCCGAAACAUCUGGUUUGCUGAGUUUUGGGAGGAUAAUUUCCACUGCAAGCUGAGCCGGCACGCGCUGAGGAAAGGCAGCAGCAUCAAGAAGUGCACCAACCGGGAGCGGAUCGGCCAGGACUCCUCGUACGAGCAGGAGGGGAAGGUCCAGUUCGUCAUCGACGCCGUCUACGCCAUGGGACACGCUCUGCACAACAUGCACAAGAACCUGUGCCCUGGCAAGGUCGGGCUGUGCCCCAGGAUGGACCCAGUGGACGGGGUGGAGCUGCUCAAGUACAUCCGCAACGUCAACUUCUCAGGCAUUGCUGGGACCCCCGUGACGUUCAACGAGAACGGAGACGCGCCGGGGCGUUACGACAUCUACCAGUACCAGAUCAGGAACUCCACCCCUGAGUACAAAGUCAUCGGGCAGUGGACAGACCACCUGCACCUCAAGGUUGAGAACAUGCUGUGGCCAGGAGGUGGGACCCAGCUCCCCAGCUCCAUCUGCAGCCUGCCCUGCAAGCCGGGCGAGAGGAAGAAGCUGGUGAAGGGCAUUCCCUGCUGCUGGCACUGCGAGCGCUGCGACGGCUACCAGUACCAGCUGGACGAGUUCCACUGCAAGCGCUGCCACUUCAACGAGCGGCCCAACGAGAACCACACCAGCUGCACCCCCAUCCCCAUCAUCAAGCUGGAGUGGAGCUCGCCCUGGGCCGUGGUGCCCGUCUUCAUCGCCAUCGUGGGCAUCAUCGCCACCCUCUUCGUGGUGAUCACCUUCGUGCGCUACAACGACACGCCCAUCGUCAAGGCGUCGGGGCGGGAGCUGAGCUACGUCCUGCUGACAGGGAUCUUCCUCUGCUACGCCACCACCUUCCUCAUGAUCGCCGAGCCCGACCUGAGCACCUGCUCCUUGCGACGCAUCUUCCUCGGGCUGGGCAUGAGCAUCAGCUACGCCGCGCUGCUCACCAAGACCAACCGCAUCUACCGCAUCUUCGAGCAGGGCAAGAAGUCGGUGAGUGCCCCCCGGUUUAUCAGCCCCGCUUCCCAGCUGGUCAUCACCUUCAGCCUCAUCUCGCUGCAGCUCGUCGGCGUCUGCAUCUGGUUCAUCGUGGACCCGUCCCACUCUGUCAUUGACUACGAGGACCAGCGGACUACAAACCCCCACUUUGCCCGGGGCAUCCUCAAAUGUGACAUUUCGGACCUGUCCCUCAUCUGUUUGCUCGGGUACAGCAUGCUCCUCAUGGUCACCUGCACUGUGUAUGCCAUUAAGACCCGUGGAGUCCCGGAGACCUUUAACGAAGCCAAACCCAUCGGGUUCACCAUGUACACUACUUGCAUUGUGUGGUUAGCCUUCAUCCCGAUAUUUUUUGGGACGUCACAGUCGGCGGAAAAGAUGUACAUCCAGACCACGACGCUCACCAUCUCGGUGAGUCUGAGUGCCUCGGUGUCCCUGGGCAUGCUCUACAUGCCCAAGGUGUACAUCAUCCUCUUCCACCCGGAGCAGAACGUCCCCAAGCGCAAGCGGAGCCUCAAGGCGGUGGUGACGGCGGCCACCAUGUCCAACAAGUUCUCUCAGAAGGGAGGUUUCCGCCCCAACGGAGAGGCCAAAUCGGAGCUCUGCGAAAACCUGGAAACACAAGCACUGGCCACCAAACAGACCUAUGUCAGCUACAGCAACCACGCGAUUUAGCUGCAGGGACUGCGGGAGCCACGGCCGGGAGGGAGCGGAGCCGCUCCCGGCAGGACCCUGGAGGGGAGGUGGCAGCCUGGGGAAACGCUCCUGCGGGGCCACUGGGGCAGAGCUCCCGGGAAAACGGCCAUCAACAGCAGCAAAAAAUCCAUAAAGAACCAAUAAAACCAUUCCACGCCCACGGUGUUGGUGCAUGGCUCCCGGAGGGAGCGGGACAGCGGAGCGGGGGACGGAGAGCAGGGAGGAGGUGAGGAACUUCGGCAAGUCUUUGGGUUUUUUUUCUGUAUUUUGGCAAAAAAAAAAAAAAAAAAAAGAGACCCAACAUUUUCCCUUUUCCGGAAUUUGUGAGAUUGUUUGUGGUUGUGCAGAACCUUCUGUUUUCUCUUUCUUUUUUUUUUUUUAAUCCUCCAUUUUAUUUUGUUCCUGUCUUCCUCCAUCCCUCUUCACUCUCUCCCCCAUAUCCUACCAAAUUCUAUAUGUUGCAAAAAGGAAAAAUAAAUAAAAAUACAUAAAAUUUACAUAAAAAACAGACAACAAAAUAAAAUAAAACCUAGACUGUGUUCAAAGUGCUGAUUUUUAUAGGUGGUUCCUUAAUGUAUGUGAUGACCAUAUGGAUUGAAAUACGUCUGCUUUAUGUACUGACCAGUCAAAAAACAAAAACACAAAAAAAACAAAGUUCAGUGCCUGGAUGUUUAUGAAUUAUUCGAUGACUGUGUAGAGCAUGAUCAUUUUUAUACAAGGAGAUUUCUAAUAAAAGACCCUGGUUUUGCACUCGG